AUGUCUGCUUCUUCCAUUAUUAUUACUACUACUGCUGACACCGCUAAAAAUGAAUUGAAACAAGCCGAAGAGCUUUCAAAAUUCUCACCAGAAAAAGCAGAAGAAAUUUAUAAAAAUAUUUUAAGUCGAACUACUAGUGAUGAUAAUGACAAUUUGGUAAGGGACCAAGAACAAGCUCUUGUUAAACUUGGUGAACUUUAUCGUGAUCAUCGAAAACCAAGUGAAUUAUCAACUUUGAUUCGUUCAUCUCGUGCAUUUAUGUCGUCUAUUGCAAGAGCAAAAACUGCAAAAAUUGGUAAUUCAUUUUUUAUUCCGGACACUUUACCACUCCAAAUUGAAAUUUGCAAAGAAACGAUUGAAUGGAGUGUUAAAGAGAAACGGAUUUUUUUAAAACAGUCUUUAGAAACUCGUUUGGUUUCUUUGUAUCUUGAUAAUAAAAUGUAUCAUGAUGCAUUAAAUCUUAUCAAUCCAUUUUUAAAAGAAUUAAAGCGUCUUGAUGAUAAAAUGGUAUUGAUUGAAGUACAAUUAUUAGAGAGUAGAGUAUGUCAUGCAUUAAGAAAUAUAGCUAAAUCCAGGGCUGCGUUAACAUCUGCUAGAACAUCUGCAAAUGCAAUAUAUUGUCCACCACUUCUUCAAGCUGCCCUUGAUAUGCAAUCAGGAAUUUUACAUGCAGAGGAUAAGGAUUACAAAACAGCGUAUUCAUAUUUCUAUGAAACUCUUGAAGGAUAUUCAUCACAAGAUGACCCAAAAGCUAUUUCGGCUUUAAAAUAUAUGUUACUAUGUAAAAUUAUGUUGAAUUUGUCUGAAGAUGUUCAUGCAAUUAUUAAUGGAAAAUUAGCUUUAAGAUAUGCUGGUCGUGAAGUUGAUUCAAUGAAGGCAAUAGCAACAGCUCAUCAAAAUCGUUCACUUAUUGAGUUUGAGACUGCAUUGACAACUUACAGAGAUGAAUUGGGUAAUGAUCCAAUAAUUAGAUCGCAUCUUGCAGCACUUUAUGACACUUUACUUGAACAAAAUUUAGUUCGUAUAAUAGAACCAUUCUCAAGAGUUGAGAUUUCACAUGUAGCCAAGAUGGUUAAAUUACCAACUGAUCAAGUAGAAAUUAAAUUAUCACAAAUGAUAUUGGAUAAAGUUUUUCAUGGUAUUUUAGAUCAAG